AUGCAGCAGCCAGCAGUAAACAGCGAUCAACCUCCCUCGCAAGCGAACAUGCUGAUCUCUCUGACUGUCGGAAAAGUCGAUGCUGGCGUCGCCGUCCUCCUUACAGAGGAUAAGCGUCUCAUAGAAUUCCCCUCCAUACUUCUCCCACCCUCCAUAACUUCAGGCUCCAUAGUCGACAUCACCGUCUCCCGGAACCAGUCCUCCGAAUCAGCAUCGCAAAAAUCCUUCGCCUCUCUCCAGUCCUCAAUCCUCAGCACCUAUGGUCUCUCCUCGCCGAAAACACCAGUCCUCCGCUGCAGGAAUGCUACACAGACAUCUGUUGUGCUCGAAUGGGACAAGAUCGAUCUUGCAACUGCGGACUUACGGAGUUUGAGUCUUUACCGCAAUGGCGCAAAAGCGGGCGUCAUUCCCCAGGACAAGGGCAUACAAGCUACCAAGGUUUCUGGAUUGGCUGUCGAUACUGCCUACACAUUCCACCUCAUCCUCCGGACAUCGGCCGGCCAGUACAGCAGCGAAAAGCUAGUCGUCAAGACGCAUAAGAUGACAGAUCUGAGCGGCAUUACCGUUACUCCUGGGGUCCUCCCCGCACCUCUACGCGAGAGUCUUGGUGGUGCUAUCGAGCGCAUUGGGGCCAAGAUUUCAGAGAAUGUGAGGAUAGAUACCACGCAUUUUGUGUGCACCGAAGGCAGAGGUCGCGAGUGGGAGAAAGCCGGCGAAAUGAACAUUCCCAUCGUGCGGCCUGAAUGGGUGGAAGGAUGCGAAAGGGAAGGCAGAAUAGUGGGCGUACGGGGUUACUACUUGAACGCGGAUCCACGGUUGAGGCAGGUGGGACAAGGUGUAAGUAUGCAGCAGCAACAGCAACAGCAGUCACCAAGACCACAGCAGCGGGAGAGGACGGAGAGUCAGAGAACGGUACCCGUGCAGCAGCAGCAAGCGCCGCCUACGCCUUCACAACCUUCCAACAAGGGUCUGCCACCCCCCUCGGCAUCGCCGAGACCGUCAUCCACUGGCUCGGAUAAGGGAGCCCCGCCACCACUGCCUAAGAAAGAUGCACCGCAAAAGCAAGAAGGUCGACGCAGUGAGGAGGACGACAGCGCAUCCGAGAACCCGGUUGGAAGCGCUAUGGAUUCACCUACGCAAGAGCCGGUCAUCGGUCUAGGUGAAUCUGGUUCUGGAGAUGAGAGGGUGGAGGAUCUGAAAACGCCCGCAGAGUCUGCGAAGUUCAGUGACGUGCAGCUCUGA